AUGGCGCCCGCCGUUCCCGACGGCGUGGUCAUCAAGCCGCACUCGACCAGAGGCCGCGCCCUGCACGCGACCAAGACAGUCGCAGCCGGCGGCGUCCUCGCCGUCUUCUCGCCCCUCAUCCUGGUGCCGUCGCUGUCGCACCUCACCAUCGUGUGCUCCUUUUGCCUGCGCGGCGUCACGCCGCGGCCGUGCUCGCGCUGCCGCGCCGCCUACUACUGCGACGCGCAGUGCCAGGCGGCCGCGUGGUCCUCUGGGCACGCCGCCGAGUGCGCGGCGCUGACGGGCGCCAUCCCGCCGGCCAGGAGGCGCCGCGAGAUCCCCGCGCCCGUCCGCGCGCUCGUCCAGCUGCUGCUGCUGCUGCGGAGUGGUGGCGGGCACACGCGCGACUUGCUCGACGGCCUCGAGGGGCAUGCGGCGCAGAGGAGGCGCGCCCCGGGCUGGGCCGACAUGGAGUUGAUGGCCAUGGCCGGCUGCGCGUUUGCAGGGAUGGAGACGAGCGAAGGGGCGGUACGGGAAGCGGCCGAGAUACUGUGCAAGCUGCAAACAAAUGCCUUUCACAGGUUUGAUGCCGACUUGGGGCACGUCGGCAUCUUCCUCGAGCCUACACUGGCCAUGGCCAACCAUUCCUGCCUCCCCAACGCCUUUGUCCAGUUUGUCGGACGGACCGCCGUACUACGCGCAGAGCAACGCAUCCAGAGCGGCGACGAGAUUGAGAUUUCUUACACAGACUACACGAGCUCCCUCAGCAAGCGCCAGGCCGCGCUCGCGCCGUACCAUUUCGAAUGCCGCUGCCGGCGCUGCACCCAGGACCUCUGCGUCUACCAGGCCAGCGCGCACUACCGCGACUUUGCCCUCAACGACGACAGCGUCCUCGGCGACGGCACCAAGCUGCAGACGCACCCGGCCGUGAGCACGCCCGCGCCGCAGGCCGUUGCGCGCGCGGCGGCGGCGGCGCUGCACUUUGAGCCCUUUCCCGCCGCGCUGACGGACCGCCGCGCGGCGCUGGCGCAGCAGCUGGUCGGCUGUCGCGGCCUCAUCGACGCGGCGCUCUGGGCCGUGACGCCGCUGCCGCAGACGCUCACGGAGCUGGCCAUCUACUACGGCCACAAGGAGGAUUUCGCGCGGGCGCUGGCCGUCGCGGCGCUGCUCGCGCGCGACGCGGACCCGUACCGCUUCCCCGCGCCGUUCCACCCCGUGCGGGCCAAGAACCUCUACCUGCUCGCCAAGCUGCUCUCCAACACGGCAGCCGAGACGGCGGCGGAGGAGGGCGGCAGGGCCGUGCAGGCGUCUGCGGCGGCGGCGGCCGACGUCGGGACGAGGCUGCGCGACGCGCUGCGCGACGUAGACCAGGUCUCGCUGGCGCAGAUGCUGCUGCUCAUGGUGCUCGACACGGCGCCGCCGCCGCACCUCGCCGCGUGGGAGCUCGCGCAGCAGGCGCGCGACGUCCUGGCCAUCAUCGCGAAACUCAAGGGCCGUGAACAGGAGCUGAGUCUGAUCCGGCUGUGGCGCCAAGACCCCAAGAGCGACAGGGCGCAGGCGUUUUUCGAGUAUGGUGUCGGGCAGCAGCUUGAUAUCCUGGCCGACUUGGGGCGGGAUGUGCUCAAGGAGGAUUUUGGGCUGUAG